AUGGGGUCACCCAGAAAUAUGGAAAAAUCGUUAAAAAUUGUUCCCUUGUCUUUCGGCAAAAACAACCUCCACAAGUCUUUUAGUAAAAUGUUGAUUGUUGCCCAAAUUUUCGGAUUUUUGCCGGUGCAAGGCAUUCUAGGCCCCGAUUAUCGUUCUUUACAUUUUUCUUGGAAGUCGGUCCGAGUUAUAUACUCAGUUGUUACACUUCUUGGAACUUGUCUUAUCUCCAGUUUUCAAAUUCAGAAAAUCGCUACUGAAGGACUAGAUUUAUUGGAAAUUAAUCGAUUGUUCUUUUUGCUGAUCGGAGUUGCGGCCGCACUUUUCUACUUAAAUUUAGCCAAAAAGUGGCCAAUGUUUCUGAAGGACUGGUGUGUUGUUGACUCAAAAUUUGCCAGUUAUGGGUGGCCCAAUGGACUCAACAAAAGGUUGCAUAUUUUAAUGAUGGUUUUCAUGUUAACUGCUUUAGUGGAACAUAUUUUGUUCCAAACAAACAAGCUUGUGUUAUCUUUGGAAUGCAAUAAUAGUACUGCUGAAGGCUUUACGUAUUUUCUUAGUAAUAUGUCUUUUUCACAUAUUUUUUCCUUGGUGGAAUAUGAUAUUUAUAAAGGUCUGGUUUUGCAAACUAUAAAUUUUCAGAUUACUUUCAUUUGGACGUAUAACGAUAUAUUUCUAAUGUUGAUAAGUACGGCCCUGGCUUAUAGAUUUGGCCAGAUAACCCGAAGAAUUGCAUCGGUGGCUAAAGAAAAGAUUAAAAAUGAGUUUAUUUGGAAAACUUUGCGAGAAGAUUACACUAGACAAUGCAGACUUGUAAAAAAAGUCGACGAAGAAAUCGCUUAUAUUGUUCUAUUGACAUUCGCAUCUGAUUUACUAUUUAUAUUAGUUCAACUUUUUAACAGUUUGAGACAUAUGAGGAAUAAUAUACAACGAUUAUAUUUCUGCUGGUCUUUUGGACUUUUAAUAACACGAACUUUUUGUUUAUGUCUAUUCGGUUCUAAAGUUCACGAUGAAAGCAUUAAACCAUUGUUAACAUUGAAUUCAGUACCUACCGAAGUCUAUAAUCUGGAGAUUCAGAGAUUUAUUCAACAAAUUGCAAAUAGUGAUAUCGCAAUAACUGGAAAAAAUUUUUUUAGUAUUACCAGAGGGUUAAUUCUUAGCAUUGCUGGAGCUAUAGUAACUUAUGAAUUAGUUUUAAUUCAAUUUAAUGUUAAUUUAUUAAAGGAGGAACAAAGACAAGAAGGCGCUUGUCCAAUUUACGUUUAA